GCACACUACACCCUUAACCCCGAAUGAGUACCAACUGAUACGCCGACGAUGGAGUACGUGUUCGACGUGUUCUUCGAGGAGUGCUUCGACAAGAUGGAGCGCAGCGGGCUGUCAUCGCGGGCCGGCCGGCGCGACAUCAUCAGCCACCUGAACUCGGUCAUCUCCGGCUGCAUCCAGGGUCGGCAGACGGCCACGACCCAGCUGGCAGUGGGGCUGGCCGUCACGUCCGCCAUCGACUACCACAACCGGAUGAAGGGCGACAACUACGAGGUGUGCCUGAUGGGCAAGUAUCACAACGUGCUGUACAUAGCGCUCCGCAUCACCUGGGACUGGGGGCUGGAGGAUUCAACCAUCGUGCGAAAUCUGCUAGAUGAAAUCUUCAAGUGUGAAAAGACGUUCGAGCGGCUGUUUCUGGGCGCACUGUUCGGCUGCAAUGCGCCCCACUUCAUCGCCGGCUGGAAGAGCGACUUCAACGAUCAGGACGAGAACCUGCGUGCGGUCGUGUUCUUCCUGCACCAUUCGGCGAAGGCGCGUGCCAUCUAUCCGACCUACUCGUACGCUUACCAGCGGCUGCGCCAGACCAAAUUCAUCGACGUGCCGAUCGAGUCGUGCGGUAAGGCGUCGCCGCUACGCGUCGCCCUGCAGGCAUCGGCACCUGACGUCGUGCUGAUACUGCUGCGGCACGGUGCCAACCCCUGCCCGGACGAUGGUGGCGCUAGCCCGGUGCUGAGUCUGCUGGAAAAGCUGGCCGAGUGCGAAAACCGCUGCUACCCGUUCCAGCUGGUGUCGUGCCUGAAGCUGCUGCUCCGCACGGUUCGCAUGGUGGAGCUGCCGUACAAGCCGCACCUGUACGCGGUCCGCAGGGAGAUGUUCCACGCUAAGUACGAGGCGCUGCUAGAGGACGGACUGCUGCCUCCGGACCAGGUGUACGGUGUGCCGACGCUCAAGCACACCUGCCGCUGCCUGGUGCGGGACGUGCUGCGCGACAACUUCCAGCUGCCCGGGGGUGUGUUAAAGCUGCCGCUGCCCCGCAAAAUGCAGAAAUAUAUCGAUUUGCUCGACUGAUGAGUGCAACUUA